GCUUUCCUUCAACCUCAACUUUUCUUUCUUCCUCCAUUGCCUUCAAAGCUUCACCCUUCCACGUCGGUCGAUGGGCUGGUCAAGAUGCGCAAUACACUGAUCUUCGCAGGCAAUUCCUGCCCAGUCCUCACAGGUCAAAUCUGCGAGAAUCUGGGCAUGCAUCCUGCCAGCGCUGAGCUUACCCAGUUCUCCAAUGGUGAAACGAGCGUCAGAAUUCUGACAAGUGUCCGAGAGAAGGACGUCUUCGUUGUCCAAUCAGGCAGCCCCAGCAUCAAUGACUCCAUCAUGGAGCUUCUCAUCAUGAUCUCGGCCUGCAAAGGCGGUUCUGCUAACAAAGUCACUGGUUCGUGGUUCUCGUCCCCUGUUUGAGACCUCAAUCGGCUUACUUGUUACGUCCAGCCGUCCUUCCUUAUUUUCCCUACAGCCGCCAGUCAAAAAAGAAAUCGCAUAGAGGUGCGAUUACUGCUCGCAUGCUUGCCAACUUGUUGGGUGUUGCUGGCGUUAAGCACGUUAUCACUGUCGACCUUCAUGCCUCGCAGAUGCAGGGCUUCUUCAAGUGUCCCGUUGACAACCUGCACGCAGAGCCUAUCCUCGCGAAGUGGAUCCGCCACAACGUGUCUAACUGGCGCGAAGCGGUCGUGGUCUCCAAGAACGCUGGAGGAACGAAGCGAGUGACAUCGCUUGCGGAUGCUCUCAAGCUUAAUUUCGGGAUUGUUACUACAGACAGGAAGCGUGUGAGUAACAUGACAGCGAGCAUGAUCAUGAGGCACUUCGAUCAUAACGUCGAGCGUCAACCCACGCCGUUGGAGUCUAACCGACCCAUUCCCUACCGCGGACCGCCGGCUUCCGAACGUGCUGUCGAGUCCGAGGCUACCCCUAAGAGGCAGACACCCCCUCCUCGCUCCACGCGAAUUGUGACGAACCCACAGGGCUCUCCCACACGGGUCAACAGCUCUGCUCGUUCAGUCACUCCCAACGCUGCCGAGGCUGCGGAUCCUAACACUACCCCCCCUGCUGGAUCACCCGAUGGUUCGGCCGAUGGCGAGGCGGAUUAUGAUGAUCAUAAAGCGUCUGAGGUUACACAGGGCCGUUUGGUUCAAGGUCGUAUCGUCGAGGAUGACUAUCCGUCUCCUGAUCGAUCUGUUGUCGAUGGCAGUGUGGAAGAUGAUCCUAUGACUAUGUCUCAUGCUUCAUCAUUCUUCGUCCCUGAGCCUCAAUCUCUUGGAGGAUCUGGCGACGCUGCGGCAAGUUCCGAUGAGGAGGACAACGCAUUCGAGGAUCCAGGUGCCGAGCAUCUUAUCACUCUAGUUGGAAACGUCAAGAAUCGGACCGUUUUUAUCGUGGACGACAUGAUUGACAAGGCUGGCUCUUGGAUCGCUGCAGCCGAGACGGUGGUCAAGAAAGGCGGAGCAAAGAAGGUUUAUUGCAUGGCCACGCAUGGUGUUUUUGGCGGCGACAGCCUGGAACAACUGCAAGCAUGCGAGUGCAUCGACCAAAUUGUUGUGACCAACAGCUUUCCAAUUGAUAAGGACAGGGCACGCAGCAUCAGCAAGCUCGUGGUUCUCGACCUCUCAUUCCUACUGGCGGAGGCCAUUCGACGUAACCACUAUGGCGAGGCUCUUUCGCCUCUCUUCCAACAUUAUGGUGAUUAGAUAGGACUGCAUCGCAAUGCUUCCAAUCUUACACAGUCACCCGUUGCUACGCAAUCGUGCCUAGUCUGCCUUGGCAGCUAAGUGCUUAUCGACACUACCAUUUGUGUUUUGAUGAUUACUAUUCAUUUUUAGCGAGGCGUCUGGGGGCAAGGACAUAUCGGUACCCUAUGCUGGACCAUUGAAUCUGAGGAUGAAAAUUCCGACAAAAAAGCAGAGUAGGUGAUGAAUUACGAUUUCAGUUCCUGGUCUUUUCGUUUGGGUUCGUGAUGUGAUGUGAUGUAGCGCCAGCCUUUUGUCCUGGAUCAGUUAAAUGCAACCCAGCGGUGCUGUCACUUGUUGACGGCAAGGGCCCGAUUCAUCCCAGAAUGGGUUCUUAACGGAACGUUGGUAGAAUAAUCCUUCGGUCUUAGAAGGCCUGCAACUUAGAACCGUCAUGGAUUCAUGUCUCUUCGGGGACAAAUGAGUUGUGGGCAAGAGAAAUUUCCGAACAUUUUGUAAACAGGAUGCACUUGAUACCAGUUUGUGUCGAAUAUAGCGGUUUAAGCCAUCAUAUCUAUCUAUAACUAAGACUUUUAUUUAAUACAACUCAUAUAGUAAUUGUACCAUCUGUUCGCUUGAAUCGCUGUUAUGCUGGCUGUUUAUUAUGUUUAC